UACACAUUUUUCAUUUUCAAUAAAUAAUUAAUUAAAUUUUGGCUUCUUAUUGUAUAUUUUUUAUAAUAUUAAUAAAAAAUAUCAAUAUGGUCAGAAAACUAAAAUUUCACGAACAUAAGUUACUAAAAAAAGUAGAUUUUAUAUCAUGGGAAGUUGAUAGUAAUAAUUUACAUGAAGUAAAAAUUAUGAAAAAAUAUAUGAUUCAAAAAAGAGAACAUUAUACACUGUACAAUAAAUUAUCUCGUGAAAUAAGAAACGUAGCAGAAAAAAUAAAAGCUUUAGAACCUACAGAUUCUUUUAGAAAUGAACGAGGUGCUCAACUUUUAGAAAAAUUGUACAUGUUGGGAUUGAUUACAACUAAAAAAAAUUUUGAACUAUGUUCCAAAGUUACUGCAUCAUGUUUUUGCAGACGUCGAUUACCUGUUAUAAUGGUUAGGUCAAAAAUGGUACAAACAUUGAAGGCUGCAACAACAUAUAUUGAACAGGGGCAUGUUCGUGUUGGUCCACAAUUGGUUAAAGAUCCAGCAUUUUUAGUAUCAAGGCCUCUUGAAGACUUUGUAACAUGGGUAGACAAUUCUGCUAUCAAGAAACACAUAUUAGAGUAUAAUGAUCUCAAAGAUGAUUUUGACAUAAUGUAAAAUAAAUUUAUUUGAAUGAUUAUUAUUUCAACUUACAUUUUUUAAACUAAUAUUUCAAUUUAUAAUAAAGUUGUUAUUCUAUUAUAACACAAUAAUAAGGUUAUAAUUUUAAGUGAUUUUUUUUUUUUUUUUUUUGAAAUUAUUUUUUUUAAUAAAUUACAUUUCUUGGUUUC